AUGUUUGGUCGUUCUCGGUAUGAUCAACGUAAGAACCCUAUAAUUAUUUCCGUGGAUUACAAAUCAAUUUCAUUAUCAGCUGUAUCAGAAGUGAAAGUUGUUUUAAUGGAUUACCCAUUUGAAGAAAGAUAUACUAAGGCCAUUGCACCUCUUGGAUCUUGUAAUGGAUUGAUUUGUUUGGGUGUUUCUAGUUAUGGAAACAGUAUUGAUCAGGAAAAUCGGAUUUGUGUUUGGAACCCAACAACGGGUGAAUUUACGAAUAUCGAAUUGGCACUUCGGUGUGAAUCAAACUACUUUUAUAGAUAUGGGUUUGGCUAUGAUAGCAACACCGAUGAUUACAAGUUAGUGACAAUUUCGGGUUAUGAAAAUUUUCCGGGCAAAAAAAUUGAAGUUUAUACGUUAGGUUCCAAGUGUUGGAGAACUCUGCAAAGCACAGACCCUUACAUAUUUUUAGGAUCAAGGUCCUGGAAAGCUAUGGAAAGCAGAGAGCCUUACAUAUUUUCUGGUCAUUUGCACGAAAGUCCUAAUGGGGUGCUUAUUAAUGGUGUUCUCCACUGGUCAGGUGCUAUGGUAACCACUGAAGGAACAUCUACUAAACUUAUAGUUUGUUUCGAUAUUAACCAAGACAGAAUCAUGGAUGUUCCCUUUCCGGAAGAAACUAUGCAACCUCUGGAAAGUUUGAAAGUGUAUAGAGAAGUGGGGAUCUUUCGAGACUGCCUACGUGUAGUGUUUUCUAUUAUUGGUACCCGAACGGAUAUAUGGGUGAUGCAAGCAAGAUUAUGGAUUAGGAGAAUCUUGGACUAA